AUGGCUAGCGACUUGGCCCAGAGCCAUGGGUCGGCAAUCGGCUCUCACCGUCCGUACGACGACGACGACGACGACGACGACGACAAAUUCUCUGCUACGCACGCGCUAUCACUCGCCAGUCUUGGCACCGCACAACACCCCGUAAGGGAUCAUGAAAGUCUUGGCAGGGAAACAUCACUCUUGCGGAAGGUGCCGGAUAGGAUUCUUCAGUGCCGAGUACUUUAA